AUGUCUAAAAGCACUGAAAAUAAACAAAAAGCUCUUCAACUACCAAGUAAAAGUGGUUCAGAACAAGUUAAUCGUAUUCAAAGAGAUUUUAACCGUUUGACUAACAAAAUUAUAGAAAAAUGCUUGGAUGCUUUACGUGCUGAAUAUAAUAAAAACGCUGCCUUAGACCAAAAAAUAAACAAACUAUUUGAAUUAUGUAAAGAAUUCGGAGAAGAACUUUCUACCUUUAGAAGCAAAAAACUCGUCAAAAAGAAAACUAAUAUUUUACAAACUUAG